GUUAUAUUUUGCUGAAUGGCGGUUGAGACUUUAAUUAGUGUAUAUGCUGUCAGAUUUGACCGAUUAAAAUAUUAUGUAUAAUGGUGUGUGUGUGUGUGUGUGUGUGUGUGUGUGUAUGGUGUGUAAGAUGGGUUAGUUGCUGUAUUUGCUAUGCUGUGAACGCUACCAUUGAAUAAUAUACUAUACGCCAGUUUACACAUUCACGCCUAUGGUAUAUAGUAUACGUAGCAUACGUCAAUGAUCCAUCUCACGACUCGAUGGAUAUCAGAAAUAUCGGUGACAAGUAAUAAAGUUGAAGACAGAAGUCGACCAAAGAUUCCUCGUGCAAUGAACAACAUAUCAUUAUCGGAUCGCUAAUAAAUGAUUCAAUAAUUGUUCACAUUAGCAAUGGCUGCAGGAGGUAGCAGCUUUAUAAGCAAGCCAGCCAGAGGUUGGUUACAUCCGGAUCAUCUAGUAAGUAAGGAAGGAAUUACUUAUACAGUGAAGUAUAUUGGAUGUCUUGAAGUAUAUACAUCUAUGAAAAGCUUAGAUUUUGAAACGCGCUCGUGUGUAGCUAAGGAAUGUAUAAACAGAGUUUGCGAAGCUGCUGGAUUAAAAUCUGCUGACAAAAAGAGGAGGGUUGAUAGAAAAGUGUUAAGAGCCAUAGCAGAUAAACCUCGUAUGGAACAUACUGCUUCUACUGUAAAUUUAACCAUUAGCAGUUGUAGUUUGUCCUUAACAAAUAUUGAAAAUGGAUAUAUUAUUGCUAAACAUGACAUGCCACGCAUAUCUUUUGCUUCAGGUGGUGAUACGGAAAUACUGGAUUUUGUUGCAUAUGUGGCUAAAAAUAUGCAAGAAUGGCGUGCGUGUUAUGUGCUCGAAUGCACAGGUGGUUUAGCACAAGAUGUUAUAUCCACUAUUGGACAAGCAUUUGAACUUAGAUUCAAAGAGUUUCUUACAAAGCCAAGUUCCCUGCACCCUGUACUAAAUGGUGUACGAGAAGUAGAUAGAGAUUAUUAUAACGAUCUACCAGGUAAAGUACCACCUGAUAUUGGCCCACCACCAGUACCACCUUUGCCUACUACAACAUGCACACUGCCUAAUCUGAAGCAUCAUCAAAAUCAUGCAUCACGAAUUCACGCACAAACUACUGCAAUGGAUUUAUUUUCCUCUACCACUGAUAGACAACAUCAGGAAUGGGCAGAAACUGGGAACCUAAUUGACUUGAACUCGGAUAGUACUGUAUCCUCAUCAACGAAUGUAAAUGCAAUGCCUGAGCACAAUUAUGUAAAUGAUAGUGUCAUAGCUGCAAAUAGAGAUAAUCAUCGUGAUCCAGCAUCACUUUUUGAUGUUUUUGAUAUGCAACCUUUCAGUUCUGCAAUAUCGGAUAUGAAUAGACUAAGUCCUCAAGCGCAAAUACAACAAUUGAAGCAAGAAAUAUGGUUUCAUGGAAGUGUUAGUCGAGCCGAAGCGGAAUCUAUGCUUAGUCGAGAUGGUGAUUUUCUGGUUCGAGAAUCACAAGGUUCUCCUGGUCAAUAUGUUUUGACUGGUAUGAAUAAUGGUACUCCAAAACAUUUAUUGUUAAUUGAUCCUGAAGGUGUUGUUCGCACAAAAGAUCGUGUAUUUGAUAGCGUAAGUCAUCUAGUGAAUCAUCACUGUGACAAUGUAUUGCCUAUCAUAUCUGCUGAUAGUGUUCUAGUACUGCGUUAUCCUAUUCCCAGGCAUACAAAUUAUUAAUUUUUCUAAUAACAGCAAAUAAUGAAGCAUAGACUUAGCAAAGAUUCUCUAAAUAGUUAUUUUGCAUGUCUGCAUGUGAGAAUCUUUGGUAAAUCUAGCUUUCGUGAUAUUUUUAAAAUCAGUCACUUCACACAAAAACAUAAAUAUAUGUAUAUUGUUUGUAGCAUCUUUUUAUUGUACAUGAAUAGAUGAUUUAUGAAUA